AUGGACCUGUUAGCGGCGGCGGCCUCAGGCAUUGGCAUUGUUCCUAGACAUGUGACUGUAGAUGCUGCUGCUGCUUUCAGCUAUGGAUAUGCAAGCUCUCCUGGUAAAAGAUCUUCAAUGGAGGACUUCUAUGAGACUAGAAUCGAUGGCGUUGAUGGCGCAAUAGUUGGUCUCGUUGGUGUCUUUGACGGUCAUGGAGGUGCGCGUGCAGCUGAAUAUGUGAAGCAAAAUCUGUUCAGUAACCUGAUUAGGCAUCCAAAGUUCAUCUCUGAUACCACAGCAGCUAUAGCUGAUGCAUACAACCAAACAGACUCAGAGUUUCUUAAAUCAGAAAAUAGUCAGAACAGAGAUGCUGGUUCAAAAGCGUCAACAGCCAUCUUAGUUGGUGACCGUUUACUUGUCGCAAAUGUAGGGGACUCCAGAGCUGUUAUAUGCAGAGGUGGCAAUGGUGCUCUAAAGAGGUCAAUAUAA